UGGGGAAUUUCGCGCUCGCGCACGCGCACACCGGCGGGGACCACUCUCCAUCGGAACGCAACUGCGCCUGGGCUGGCCAACAUUGUCCGCACUGUACAGAAGCUCCGCAGCAUCGGUCGUGUGUGUAGUAGCCACAGUGUGCCGGCAGCAUCAUAUCCCGUGGGUACCGAACGCUGAGUACGGUUAGUUGGCUAGCGAUCAUCGUACGUGCAUGAUUGGAGCGACGGCAGCAGUAGCAGAAGAGAAGGAGCCCACCAACCGACCAACCAAGCGGUGCAGUUGCUCUCCGUGAAAGGAGCCCAGAGCAAGCCACCGAAGCAAACCAUCGAGCGGAGUCAUCGAGAGGGUGUUCGUAGUGGCCCAUGCGAGAGCCCAGGUGAAAAGUGCGUCAGUCAUCGUCGGUUCGCAGUUCGGUGUGGAGUCACAGUAUAAGACCUUCCCACCACAAAGAAAAGCCUUUCCCCGUCGCACGGUUGACCGGUGCGAAAGUGACGUUCCAGUACGUACGACUCGACACGAAGUUAGUCGGGCGGAAGAGUUCACCAGACAAACGUUCAUCACUUCCUCGACGUGUGUGUGCACGGAAGAGAGCGCACCAGUUUUCGAAGCCUAUCGGUCGGGCACGUGCCAAUUGGGAUUAGUCGCGUUGCGUUAGCGUAAGUGGUCGCGCCCGAUAAGCCACACACACACACCGCUCUGUUGUUGGCAAAAGUGUACGAAAACGGACAUCGGCGUUAUCGCGAGUGUGGUGUCCCCGGUUGCUGAGAAACACUUCCGGGCAAGUGUGUACGCGCACCUUGGAUUAGUCAGCGCGUGCGGUACGAGCCGCAGCAUCGUUUCCAUCACGGUAGACAUCAAGGUGGUCGACUUGGCAUCCGCCAGCGAGUCUCGCCGUAGUAGUUGUAGUGACACUGUGGCAGGUGAUUCCAGCGGCGACCGAACCCCAGCAGUCGUCGAUCGGACCAGUGUUGAUCGUGAGGUGUGCGAAAUUGUUGCAGCCGGACAGCAGCCAGCUCAGGACAGCAGCGCACAGCAGGCAGCAGCAGAAGAGGAGGAAGAAGCGCAGGAGCUCAAUCGAAUACACAAGAUGACGGACGUAGCACACGAACUUGGCGCACUUCGGUUGAUUGUGGACUCUCCACUCUCGUCGAAGGUGGCCCUGUUUAACCAGACUGCCCAGAGCCAUCGGGAAUCGCAACUCUCCAAUCCGUUCUCCGAUGCACAGGCGACGCGCGGCAUGGCAAGGCUACAGAUCAGCAAGGAGGAGUAUGGCAAACCGAAAGCGGGCAGCCUUACCGAGUACCGGGGUAAGAAGGCCAACAUCCAGGUGUACCAGGAAAUGCUCGAACUCUGCCAGGUGAUCGACAGUGACGGCAAGCCGGUGUCGAAAAAGAAUCCCGAUAUCAAAAUGAUCUACUUCGGGGAACUGUUCAAUAUAUACACACACAUCAACGAUAAGCUGGUCGGGCUGUUGUUGCGUGCCCGCAAGCAUGACCUCAUCCAGUUCGAGGGCGAAUGUCUGUUCCAGCGUCGCGACGACCACGUGCCGGUGUACCUCACGAAACCGGUCGCCCAGAUCCGGGACAUUCUCGUCGGCAAGCAGACGGAAAUUCGCCGUAGUUUAAGUCCCAACCCGCAGCCUACCAAUAUGUUACCUUAAGGGGGGUUUUAGUAGUAACGAACGUACGUACUUGUAAGGGUUUUUUCGUUUUUCGGAGAAGAUGUCACUUGCUUGCUGAUGGGCCCGGAGCAUGCUUUCCCCCGGUGGUGCACCGUGUGAAUGGGACUGAAUGAAUGGUGUAUGAAUGGUGUCUGAAUGUGUGCACCGAGUGGAGGCAGAUGGCCGGGAAACUAUCUCCCUGGCAGGUGGUCACCACAAUUUGCCACAAUUUGAUCUGUAUAUUUUGGUAGCGUGUGGACGCGCGAGCGCCCCAAUUGAUAUAGCUAGCUAGUUAGGGAUUUACCUGGUAGUCGUGGUUCGCGUGACUGUUUUUUUUUUUGUUCUGUUUUUCGUUCUGUUUCCAAUUACUACUGCUAUUAUUUUGAUCGUGUCGUUUUCGUGUCGAACGCAUUCGUUCGAUUGAUUCCAGGGAUGUAUACCAAAUGUACACUAGAAAUGGUUGCGCAACAAUCUUACGAACCAAAUUAGCAACUAGUAGCGCUAGCAAGUGGAAGCUUACCCAUAGGCAUAAUACACCAUAUAGACACCAGAUUCAGCUCGAUCCUUUGUGUGAUCUUAGUUUUUCGACAGUUUCUAUCGCUAGCCUGAACCACAUUUCUUUCUUUCGCAACAUUAUUCGUUUUGAUUAGCUUCCCAAUCCGCUUGUCAGUAGUGACAGUAUUAAGAUAUAGUGUUUAAGGUUCACACCAAACGCAUCCCCGCUCACACAAUCUCACAAUCGGUGGAGGAGCAGUAGUGCAAUAGAUCGGCUAAUAGUAGUCCUCUUCUCAGCGCCGCAUAUACUCUACGGAUAGGUGGUAUGUUGGCAGAAAACAUUUGCAAGAAAAUAAUAAAGAAAAAAGGGAAACUCAUCGA